GCUCAUCAGGCGCAGUUGUUGGAGCAGGAAUACGGUGCGUCUCUGACCCAGCGGGCCCUCUGCUCGAGCCCACACUCACCAAGUCGCACGAGCCCCUACGCUGUGGCCGUGGCGGGUGGCCACCGCUCUCCCCGGGCACCCAGAGCGUUACGAGAGCGGGUGGGCGCCCGGGUCCCCUCAGCUGGUCUCUGGGGUCCCCCACGCCACGCAGGGCACGUGUGCCCCCCGGCUCUAACCUGCGCGCUGAUGGGAGCAUCAUCUGUGCCCAGGCCGGGGCUGCCAAGGAAUUGAUGCGCGUACACGUGGUGGGUCAUUAUGCUGCUGCACCUGUGUAGUGUGAAGAAUCUGUAUCAGAACAGGUUCUUAGGCCUGGCCGCCAUGGCGUCUCCAUCCAGAAGCUCCCAGAACCGACGUCGGUGCAAGGAGCCCCUGCGCCACAGCUACAACCCAGGCCAAUUCCACAGCAUGGCCAUCAGGACCGGCCCCCAUGGCGCCGUCACCAUUCCCCGCUCCACCAGCGACACGGACCUGGUCACCUCGGACAGCCGCUCCACGCUCAUGGUCAGCAGCUCCUACUACUCCAUAGGACACUCGCAGGACCUGGUGAUCCACUGGGACAUAAAGGAGGAAGUGGAUGCCGGGGACUGGAUCGGCAUGUACCUUAUCGAUGAGGUCUUAUCAGAAAACUUUCUGGACUAUAAGAACCGUGGAGUCAAUGGUUCUCAUCGGGGUCAGAUCAUCUGGAAGAUUGAUGCCAGCUCUUACUUUGUGGAACCCGAAACUAAGAUCUGCUUCAAAUACUAUCACGGAGUAAGUGGAGCCCUGCGAGCCACCACCCCCAGUGUCACCGUCAAAAACUCAGCAGCUCCUAUUUUUAAAAGCAUUGGUUCUGAUGAGACCGUGCAAGGACAAGGAAGUCGGAGGCUGAUCAGCUUUUCUCUCUCAGAUUUCCAGGCCAUGGGGUUGAAGAAAGGGAUGUUUUUCAACCCAGAUCCUUACCUGAAGAUUUCCAUUCAGCCUGGGAAGCACAGCAUCUUCCCCGCCCUCCCCCACCAUGGGCAGGAGAGGCGGUCCAAGAUCAUAGGCAACACCGUGAACCCCAUCUGGCAGGCAGAGCAAUUCAGCUUUGUAUCCUUGCCCACUGAUGUGCUGGAAAUUGAGGUGAAGGACAAGUUUGCCAAGAGCCGCCCCAUCAUCAAGCGCUUCUUGGGAAAGCUGUCGAUGCCCGUUCAGAGACUCCUGGAAAGACAUGCCAUAGGGGAUAGGGUGGUCAGCUACACACUUGGCCGCAGGCUUCCAACAGAUCACGUGAGUGGACAGCUGCAAUUCCGAUUUGAGAUCACGUCCUCCAUCCACCCAGAUGAUGAGGAGAUUUCCGUAAGUACAGAACCUGAGUCCGCAGAAAUUCAGGACAGCCCCAUGAACAGCCUGGUGGCCAGCAGCGGCCCUGCGGAGCCUCACCAUGCACCAGAGCCCUCCGGGACCCAAAAGCCAGAGCAGCUGAGCCAGGGCAGCGCCGCGGGCACCGCAGAGAACGAGAACCUGGAGCUUGCCAAUCCAGUUGAGGCAGCUGAAGGUACCACCGAGGCUGGAGAUGAUGGCACGGUCUCUGUAGGGCCUGAGGGGGCUGGGGAACUUCUGGCCCCUGGGCCAGAGGACGCAGAGCCCGCCUUGAGUGCGGAAGAACUGGCCGAGCGGCUGGACCUGGGAGGGGAGGCGGCCCUACCUGGGCUGCUGGAGGACGGCCAAGCCCCAGGCAGCCCCGGGGAGCCAGUGGCCGAGGAAUCGGCCCCAGAGAGCCGGGCCGGGGGGCAGGAGGAGGAGAAGGAGCAGGCGCAGGAGGAGGAGGGGGACGUGCCCGCCUUGGGGCAGGGGGAGAACAGGCUGCAGCUGCGGGCCUCGGUGAAGAGGAAAAGCAGGCCGUGCUCUCUGCCCGUGUCCGAGCUGGAGACAGUGAUCGCAUCCACCUGCGGGGAACCGGAGACGCCGCGGACCCACUACAUCCGCAUCCACACGCUCCUGCACAGCCUGCCCUCUGCUCAGGGCGGCGGCGCGGACGACGAGGGCGCGGAGGAGGAGGCGACCCUCAAGGACGCCUCGGAGAAGGAUGCGCUCAGCGAAGUGGACACGAUCGCCGCCGAGCCUCCUCCCCUGGAAGAGGAUGGCGAGGAACCCGAGGGGGCCACUCCAGGUACGGGGCCCCCCGGCCACACGGGCUUGGCCAACGGCUCGGUCCCAGAUGGCGACACGCUCCCCAGCACGGGGAGUGAGAGCGACUCCAGCCCGCGGCAGGGCGGGGACCACAGCUGCGAGGGCUGCGACGGGUCCUGCUGCAGCCCAUCCUGCUACAGCUCCUCGUGCUACAGCACAUCCUGCUACAGCAGCUCCUGCUACAGCGCCUCCUGCUACAGCCCCUCCUGCUACAACGGCAGCAGGUUCGCCAGCCACACCCGCUUCUCCUCCGUGGACAGCGCCAAGAUCUCCGAGAGCACUGUCUUCUCCUCGCAGGAUGACGAGGAGGAGGAGAACAGCGCCUUCGAGUCGGUGCCCGACUCGGUGCAGAGCCCGGAGCUGGACCCGGAGUCGGCGAACGGCGCGGGGCCGUGGCAAGAGGAGCUGGCCGCCCCCACUGGGAGCGUAGCCAGAACGGUGGAAGGUCUGGAGUCCCCCGUGGCAGGGCCGAGCCAUCGGAGAGAAGACUGGGAAGCUCGCAUUGACAGCCACGGGCGGGUCUUUUAUGUGGACCACGUGAACCGCACAACCACCUGGCAGCGUCCCACAGCGGCAGCCACCCCGGACGGCAUGCGGAGAUCUGGAUCCAUCCAGCAGAUGGAGCAACUCAACAGGCGGUAUCAAAAUAUUCAGCGGACCAUUGCUACCGAGAGGCCUGAAGAGGAUUCUGGCAGCCAAAGUUGUGAGCAAGUCCCGGCAGGAGGCAGCGGAGGAGGUGGUGGGAGCGACUCCGAGGCUGAAUCCUCCCAGUCAAGCCUAGAUCUAAGGAGAGACGGGUCACUUUCUCCAGUGAACUCACAAAAAAUCACCUUGCUGCUACAGUCCCCAGCGGUCAAGUUCAUCACCAACCCUGAGUUCUUCACUGUCCUGCAUGCCAAUUAUAGUGCCUACCGAGUCUUCACCAGUAGCACCUGCUUAAAGCACAUGAUCCUGAAGGUCCGGCGGGAUGCGCGCAACUUCGAACGCUACCAGCACAACCGGGACUUGGUCAAUUUCAUCAACAUGUUUGCGGACACGCGGCUGGAAUUGCCCCGGGGCUGGGAGAUCAAAACGGACCAGCAGGGAAAGUCUUUCUUCGUGGACCACAACAGCCGAGCUACCACUUUCAUUGACCCCCGAAUCCCUCUUCAGAAUGGUCGCCUUCCCAACCAUCUGACACAUCGACAGCACCUCCAGAGGCUCCGAAGUUACAGUGCUGGAGAGGCCUCAGAAGUCUCUAGAAACAGAGGAGCCUCUUUACUGGCCAGGCCAGGACACAGCUUAGUAGCUGUAAUUCGAAGCCAACAUCAACAUGAACCAUUGCCACUGGCAUAUAAUGACAAGAUUGUGGCAUUUCUUCGCCAGCCAAAUAUUUUUGAAAUGCUGCAAGAGCGUCAGCCAAGCUUGGCAAGAAACCAUGCACUCAGGGAGAAAAUCCAUUACAUUCGGACUGAGGGUAAUCAUGGGCUUGAAAAGCUGUCCUGCGAUGCAGAUCUGGUCAUUUUGCUGAGUCUCUUUGAAGAAGAAAUUAUGUCCUACGUUCCCCUGCAGGCUGCCUUCCACCCUGGGUACAGCUUCUCUCCUCGCUGUUCCCCCUGCUCCUCCCCUCAGAACUCCCCAGGUUUACAGAGAGCCAGCGCAAGAGCCCCUUCACCCUACAGGAGAGACUUUGAGGCCAAGCUCCGCAAUUUCUACCGAAAACUGGAAGCCAAAGGAUUUGGUCAGGGUCCGGGGAAAAUUAAGCUCAUCAUCCGUCGAGAUCACCUGUUGGAGGGAACCUUCAAUCAGGUGAUGGCCUAUUCCCGGAAGGAGCUCCAGCGAAGCAAGCUCUACAUCACCUUUGUUGGAGAGGAGGGCCUGGACUACAGUGGUCCUUCGCGAGAGUUCUUCUUCCUUUUGUCUCAGGAGCUCUUCAAUCCUUACUAUGGACUCUUUGAGUACUCUGCCAAUGACACCUACACCGUGCAGAUCAGCCCCAUGUCUGCCUUUGUGGAAAACCAUCUUGAAUGGUUCAGGUUUAGUGGCCGAAUCCUAGGCCUGGCUCUGAUCCAUCAGUACCUUCUGGAUGCUUUCUUCACAAGGCCCUUCUACAAGGCACUCCUGAGACUGCCCUGCGACCUGAGCGACCUGGAGUACCUGGAUGAGGAAUUCCACCAGAGCUUGCAGUGGAUGAAGGACCACAACAUCACAGACAUCCUCGACCUCACGUUCACCGUCAACGAAGAAGUUUUUGGACAGGUAACAGAGAGGGAGUUAAAAUCCGGAGGAGCCAACACGCAGGUGACAGAGAAGAACAAGAAAGAGUACAUCGAGAGGAUGGUGCGGUGGCGCGUGGAGCGCGGCGUGGUGCAGCAGACCGAGGCCCUGGUGCGGGGCUUCUACGAGGUGGUGGACUCGAGGCUGGUCUCCGUGUUCGAUGCCAGGGAGCUGGAGCUAGUGAUUGCUGGCACAGCGGAGAUCGACCUGGCGGACUGGCGGAACAACGCGGAGUACAGGGGAGGUUAUCACGAUGGGCAUCUUGUGAUCCGCUGGUUCUGGGCCGCUGUGGAGCGUUUCAACAACGAGCAGAGACUCAGAUUACUGCAGUUCGUCACAGGAACAUCGAGUGUGCCCUACGAAGGCUUUGCAGCCCUUCGAGGAAGCAACGGGCUUCGGCGUUUCUGCAUAGAGAAAUGGGGGAAAAUCACGUCUCUCCCCAGGGCACACACGUGCUUCAAUCGACUGGACCUUCCACCGUAUCCCUCAUACUCCAUGUUGUAUGAAAAGCUGUUAACGGCAGUCGAAGAAACCAGCACCUUUGGACUUGAAUGAGGAACUGGAAACGUAUCUGACAUGUUCCCAGCCAGUGGCGUCACCCUUCUUCCCCUGUCCCUGAACCAACUCUCCUUUGGUUUUGGUAUCCCAUGAUUUUCGUUCUCAAACCAAAUCAGGAUUGACGAGCUGUGCAUGAAGAACUGCCUUCGUCUAAGAUCUAACCUUCAGGCUCAUGUCCUCCACUUCCAAUGAACUGCUAGCCUGUAUGCAAUAUUAAAAAAAAAC